AUGUCCGUUAAACAUGUAACCAGUAAAUCUGAAUUAGAUAAAAUUUUCUCUGCUUCUAAAGGAUCAUUAAUUGUUCUUGAUUUUUAUGCUUCAUGGUGUGGUCCAUGUCACUUAGUUGCUCCUCAGUUUUCUAAAAUGGCAAAGAAAUAUACUGAUGUAGUUUUUAUUAAAAUUGAUGUUGAUGAAGCUGAGGAUCUUGCAGAAUUGUAUGAUGUAAAAGUAAUGCCAACUUUUCAUUUUAUUAAAGAUGAUGUCACUAUCACUGUUCUUGAAGGAAAUUGUGUUGAAGAAAUUAAAAAAAAUAUUGAGAUGCACAAAUAA